GCAAAGCGACCACGCCCACGUUCUUUUGCUUGUUUCUCAUCCUCGUGCCUUGGAAUUGUCCGUUGUUUUGUCGCCCAACUUUUCGGGUGGGGGGACGCCGUUCUGGUUUCCGUUUUGCGUCGCUGGGUUUGCUAAUCGCGGUCGCAGCUGCGGCUCGCCACUUCGCUCUCUCAAAACGCCAAAAUAUUAUCUAAAACUGUUUGAUUACCGUCGGGUGUCGGUGGAGCUGCGGCAAUAAAAAAAAAGAGGACCUAUUCGCGUCCUAUAUCUGCAAAGGAAUUGCUGGAAAAGUUUCGCUGCUGCCUUCUCUUCUUUUUCUGCUGCGUACAAGAAACAGUCUUUGCUCGCGUCGUGGGUUCUUCCCCUGUUCGAUUCACCGCGAGGUCUGCGACGGAGGUUUGCGUGCCUCCGAUUGCUGCAUCCGUUGCUGAUCGAGGGUGUAGCAACCUGUCACGCGUAGACAUGCUGCUUUCUGUGCCUAUCCAGAUGGCUUUGAAUCCUUCAUUUCGAUUCCGUGCGAAGCAGCACUGAUAAUGACGCUCAAGACUGGGACCUUCAAAGAGCAAUAGGACUCAUGGAGGUUGGAGACGCAAGAAACGGUUCUGCAGCAGCGGCACUGACAAAGGGAGGUGCGGAUGAUGCCGCCCGCAAACCGCUCCCUCCUUGCUGCGUCAAGGCCAAGGCGCGGGUGCCUGAAACCGAGGCCAACUGCCAUGAUACUGUGGUUUCAGGGUGGUUCACGGAACCCAGAUCGCGUUUUGGUAAAACAAGCAAAGUGCAGUACUUCAAUAACCCGAUGUGGCCUGGAGAGGCCCAUUCAUUGAAAGUGGAGAAGAUCUUGUUUCAAGGGAAAUCGCCUUACCAAGAAAUUUUAGUUUUUGAGUCUUCAACCUAUGGAAAUGUUCUUGUGCUUGAUGGUAUAGUUCAGUUGACUGACAAGGAUGAAUGCGCAUACCAGGAAAUGGUUACUCACCUUCCACUGUGCUCAAUUCCUGCACCGAAGAAUGUUUUGGUUGUUGGAGGUGGUGAUGGUGGUGUACUGCGCGAAAUAGCCAGACAUGAUUCAGUGGAAACUAUUGAUAUAUGUGAGAUUGAUCAACUAGUUAUUGAUGUUUCCAAAGAAUUCUUUCCAAACUUAUCCAUUGGAUUCAAAGAUCCUCGUGUCCGACUUCAUGUUGGUGAUGCUGUUGAUUUCCUGAGGAAUUCUCCCGAAGGAAAAUAUGAUGCUAUUAUUGUAGAUUCAUCAGAUCCAAUUGGGCCAGCACAGGCACUCGUGGAGAAACCGUUUAUUCAGACAAUUGCUAGAGCUUUGAAGCCUGGUGGUGUUCUUUGUAAUCUUGCUGAGAGCAUGUGGCUGCACACACAUCUAAUCCAGGAUAUGCUUGCUAUCUGUCGACAGACAUUCAAAGGUGCUGUGCACUAUGCCUGGACAAGUGUUCCAACAUAUCCCAGUGGUGUCAUUGGAUUUUUGCUAUGUGCAAAAGAAGGUCGUGCAGUGAACUUCUUGACUCCUGCGAAUCCAAUUGAGAAAAUAGAAGGAGCAGCAAAAGCUGGAAGGGAACUCAGAUUUUACAAUUCCGAGAUCCAUAGGGCUGCUUUUGUUCUGCCAACAUUUGUAAGAAGAGAACUGGAAGCAUAUACCACUCCUAUUAGUUCUGCUGAAAACGAGAAACCGAAAGAAUCAGUGUCAGAACCGCAGAAGAUAAAGAUAUUGUCAAACAACGCCAUUCUUACAGCUUCCUAGCCCUGAGCCGUACUCAAUCUUGCUCGGUAUAGUUGUAUUCUCACAGAAUAAAUCAGUCACUGGCUUUUGCUGACACCGCACGAGCAGCUUUAGUAUAGAAUGAUGAUCGAUUGAAUAAGAGGGUGGAUAUUGAACUGAUGUAAUGCCUCUGCCGAAACAAUAUGUCUCCCUAUCUUGUUAGGCGUGUUGUGUGUUGUGCACGAUUUCAGCUGUAGCUUGUAAAUUGUACGACCCGUUGAUGUAAUGUAUACCCUGCGUUUGUGCUGAGAAAUCACUUCUUUUGCCCGUC